UCGAGAAGCGAGAGUGCGCCGGGGCUGAGAGGGUCCCCUGCAGGAGCCUUUGGUCUAAAGCGGAGGAAUGGAGAGGAAGGGAGGCUCCGUUUAAAGCGGGGCAGAUCUGGCAAAGGGGAAGAAGAAGAAGAAGGGGCCGGUGGAGCCCCCUUUCUCCCGCCUGAGAGGAUGAAGUACACGUUAUUUGGAUGAAUGCUUUUCAAAAGUGGGGGCCGAGAUGUGUGGUGGAGGACAAUGGCAAGUGGACAGCAACUGGGGGAGAGAGCGUGCACAAUUGAGAGCAAUGAAAAACCAACUGUGUGAUCACUGGAAACUCCGCUCAGAUCCUUAACAGACGACCGUUCACAUGUUUUAAACAUGUUUUCUACAUCCAAAAGGAAUCUUAUGGCAAGAGCCCUCUAUGAUAAUGUCCCAGAAUGUGCAGAAGAGCUGGCCUUCCGCAAAGGUGACAUUUUGACAGUGAUAGAACAGAACACUGAAGGACUAGAAGGAUGGUGGCUGUGUUCCUUACAUGGACGGCAAGGUAUUGUUCCUGGCAACCGUGUGAAACUUCUGAUAGGCCCUGUACCAGAGAGUCCACCCAGCCAAGACCUGUCAAAUUCAGGACCAGUACAUCAAAACUUUAACCAGCAAAAGGUCUACCAGGUGCCAAAUGCACAUUCUUCACCUCGAGAUCCUGUCUACCAAGUGCCACCUUCCUAUCUGAAUCAGGGAAUCUACCAGGUACCCACAGGCCAUGUUUUUCAGGGGCAUGAUGUUUACCAAGUGCCUCCAUCUGGGCAGAGGAGUUUUGGUGCAAUAGAAGGCUCCCCAGGAAGCAACAAGGUAAUAACUCCAGUCAGGUCAGGACAAGGGUAUGUUUACAAGUUCCCUACCAAAUACCAGAAGGAUACCUAUGACAUCCCACCAGCUCGUCCUCUCCAAGGGGUCUAUGAUGUCCCCCCUGCCUCCUUUAAAGGUCCUGGGCAAGCAACUCAAAUGAGUGAUGGAAAAUCUCAAGGGGUCUACGAUGUUCCUCCCUCAAAAGGGAUCUAUGCCAUUCCUCCCUCAGCAUGUAAAGAUGAUUCCAGAGAGUGCUCACCAGAUUCAGCAGCUUGCAUACAACAUGAGACAAGACCAGAGGGUGUGUACGAUGUCCCUCCACCCAUGGCCAAAGCAGCUGCAGAAGAUCCUGGACAAAAAUGUUUUUGCAGCCCUCCCACCUCCUCAGGCCUAACACCACACCAACAAGGCCUGUAUGAUGUCCCAGUGAGCCACCCAACUCAGUUUGUAGGACAGCUGAUUGCUCCUCAGAGUGAUGUCUAUGACACCCCCCGAGGAGUCCCAUUCCCAGGACAGCACUUGGAAUUUGGAGACAGUCUAAAUGCUGAAGGAAAUGAAGGUAUAUAUGAUGUGCCUCCACAAGUAAGCCAGGACACUAAAAAAAUGCAGGAUGUGACUGAUGGGAUGAACAGGUUGUCUUUUUCUAGUACAGGGAGCACAAGGAGCAACAUGUCCACAUCUUCCACAACAUCAAAGGAAUCUUCUUUUUCAUCAACUCCUUCUCAGGACAAACGAUUAGCACUGGAUCUUGACACAGCCAUAGAGAGACUUUACUGGCAUCAGAACACAAUGGAAACCACCAUCUCCAGUUUAAUGGACUUUGUCACCCCUGAAUGGCGGUCUUACGAGUACAUGGAAAAGCACAUCAACAAGAUCCACACUGCUGUUGAUAAGGUGGAGCAGUCACUGGCUGACUACCUUCACUUUUCCAAAGGGGCAAUUGCCAAUGCUUCCUUGCUUUCAGAACUCAGUCUCUACAAUAAGAUGAGGAGGGAAAUGCAGAGACUGGAAGAUUCUCAUCAGAUUUUGACACAGACUAGCCAGGACCUCAGUAACUGCAACUGGUCCUUGAAUGUCCUGGCCCGGAACAAGCCCCAAAACAAAUGUGAUGACCUGGAUCGGUUUGUGAUGGUGGCGAGGACAAUCCCAGAUGAUGCUAAACAGCUGACCACCAGCAUCAGCAUCAAUGCGGAGGUGCUCUUCAAACAAGGGUAUAUAAAAAAUGCUUCAGAAAGCAUGGGGCCAUCUGUGGAUUAUGUGUAUGACAAUCCUCAGACCCUGAUGUCACAGCCUGGAGACAAAAGGCAAGACCAUUGCACUUCUUUGCCACCACUUCUUUCUAAGGGCCAGCAUUACCAGUGCAAUAGCAGUGAUGGUUCAGAAAAGAGCUGGAUGGAUGAUUAUGAUUAUGUGCACUUGCAGGGAAAGGAAGAGUUUGAAAGGCAACAAAAAGAGCUACUAGAAAAAGAAAAUAUCAUCAAACAGAGCAAGAUGCAACUGGAGCAUCAUCAGUUAAAUCAGUUCCAGAGGUUGGAACAAGAAAUCACAAAGCCUGUGGAAAAUGACAUCUCAAAAUGGAAGCCACCUCAAAACCUUCACCCUGUAAACAGCCUGGUAGCUUCACAUGAAAGGCAGCUGCUUUUAUUUUAUUCGGACCAGUGUGAGACUAAUUUCAUUUCCCUCUUAAAUGCCAUUGAUGCCUUCUUCAGCUGCAUUAGUGCUGCUCAACCACCAAGGAUCUUUGUUGCUCACAGCAAGUUUGUCAUCUUGAGUGCUCAUAAACUGGUGUUCAUUGGGGACACCCUGACCCGGCAGUUAACAACUCAGGAAAUACGCAACAGUGUCAUGAAUUCCAGCAACCAGCUUUGUGAAUUGCUUAAAAGCAUUGUCAUGUCAACCAAGAUGGCUGCCUUGAAUUAUCCCAGCACAGCAUCUCUGCAAGACAUGGUAGACCGUGUGACAGAACUUUCCCACUAUGCACAGUUGUUUAAAUGUUCCUUGGCACACAUGGCAUCUUACUGAGGUGCACAAAAUUGACUCAAACCCAUGAAAAAUCAUGCUUUUAAGAAAAGAACUGGAAAUAUUUUCUAUAUUGUGUUUUAAAUUUUUUAAAACAUGAUCAUUUAUUUUUUCUAGAUGUUUUAUAUUGAAUAUUUUAAAUUCAUUUUAUGGAUUAGAAAUUAUAAAGGUUUCUAGCAAUCUCUGUUGUUUCUGUAUCAAGUUUAAAUAUACAUAUAUAAAUAUGAAAUGAUACUCUGCACAUA